AUGAACUCCAAGUACUCCAAGCUGUCUGUUGUUGUGGGCUUUCGCACCAAUAGACGACACGGAAGAAGAGGACAAGGAUACGGCAGGACCCAGAACAAUAUCGACCACAUCAUCAUCAACGGUCGGUGGAGGCAUUCUCUGCAGGACGUGCGUGUGAUGCGACAUGCAGACAUCGGCAGCGACCAUAGUCUUCUGGUGGCCAAGGUGACUUUCAAGCUAAGGAAAGCCAAGACGGGAGACAUCAAGAACCAACACUACGAUGUGGUCAAGUUGAAAGACCCAAAAGUGAAAGAAGAGUUUAGGCUAACCCUCAGGAAUAGAUUUAGUAUUUUGGAAGAUGAGGCAGCACUGACCACCGAAGGCUUCAACAGAGUAAUGAAAGAGACAGGAGAGGAAAUUCUAGGCUUCAGAAAGAGCAAGAAGACAAAAUGGAUCUCAGCAAAAACGUGGUCUCGUAUAGAAGAAAGAAGACAGAUAAAAAAGAAACUGUUGGACACCAAAUCCUUAAGAAUUUCAAAGGAGUAUAGUGAGAAAGACAAUGUGGUGAAGACAUUAGCCAGAAGAGACAAGAGGAGGUACAUAGAGAGGCUGGCAGAGGAGGCGGAGACGGCAGCCGAGCACAAUGACAUGAAGACAGUGUACCAGAACGCCAUGAAUCUGAAGGGCGACUACGGCAAAAACCAUGACCUUCCAGUGAGGGCUGAAGACGGAACUCAUGUCACUGUGGAAGAGGGGAAGCUGUAG